AUGGUUAAGAAUGCGAUCAAAGUGUACGCUAGACUGAGACCCGAACAGAAUCGGAAGAACAUAUUUGAUUACAAAGUGUAUCGUCGACCGAGGGAAAAUUUAGAAGAAGAUUACUUGACCCUCAAUUCCCCGACGCAAAAAACGAAGGACUAUCCCGACAAUCGUCCAGAGUCCUGGAAUUACUCUUUCUUCCGGAUAUUCGAUGAAUCCUCGUCGCAGGAGGAUGUGUUCGAGAACGUGGCGCAGCCGGUGAUGGAAAGCGCCCUGGACGGAUACAACGGGACCAUUUUCGCCUACGGUCAGACGGCCAGUGGGAAGACGUACUCGAUAAUCGGUCAUCGAGGAGUCCGCGGCAUCAUACCGAGGUGCUUGCAGUACCUGUUCGACGUCAUUCAAAAGCGGCCGGAGAACGUGUACACCGUCGAGGUGGCUUUUCUGGAGAUCUACAACGAGAACGGCUACGACCUGUUGGACAGGAGGCAACGAGAGUUCGCGGUUACGAGAUUGGAAGAUUUACCACGAGUCACCAUCCAGGAAGACGAGAACGGUCAGCUACACUUGAAGAAUCUUACGUUUCACGGAGUCGGAUGCUUGGAGGAUGCCUUCGAGCUGUUGCUGGUGGGCGAUAACAAUCGAGUUACCACGGAGACCCCAAUGAACCCCCAGUCAUCAAGAUCUCACUGCAUCUUUACCAUCAUUCUUUCCAUGAAGGAGUUCGGCGCUGAUCGCUAUAAGCGGGUGAAAGUACACCUGGUGGACCUAGCUGGGUCCGAACGGGUCUACAAAUGCUCGAUAACUGGCACCAUUCUGACCGAGGCGAAGCACAUUAACCUGAGCCUACAUUACCUGGAGCAAGUCAUAGUGUGUCUGGGUCAGGAGACCGCGGGUCACAUUCCGUACAGAAAUUCUUACUUGACGUCGAUCUUAAGGGAUAGUCUGGGCGGAAACUGCAUGACCACCAUGUUGGCUACAUUGAGCCUCGCGUCUUCAAAUAUGGAGGAAACAAUUUCCACGUGCAGAUUCGCCCAAAGGGUGGCUCUGAUUAAGAACGACGUGAGGUUGGUCCUCGAGACGAGCAUUCAAAGCGAGAACGCAUUGCUGAAAUUGGAGAACGAGAGACUGAAGCAACACAUUAGAACCCUGACAGGACAAACUUCUCAAGAACUUUCAGCUGAGAUCAAAUGGAAGCUGGAUUCUCAAAUUAGAAAUUUCUUAGAAUCGAAUACGAAGAUCUGCUGGGAUUAUAGUCCGAAGAGUAUCGAUUACUGCUUCGAUAACUUUAAAAGGACCGUCCAGUUGUGUAGAGACCCGAACAGUUGCUUGAAGAAGAUGGAAUAUUACAAGGAUAUGGUUCUCCAGAGAGAUAAGGAAAUUUCAUUGCUGAUCGAUCUGCUGAAGAAGGAGAGAGGAAAACAACAGUGCAACCUGAAAGAAGGUUCUUGCGACGAAUCAAGAUUAACUGGUGACGGAGAAAGUAACACAAAAUUAACUGAUAAAUCGAGGACACGAAAUGGAGAUUCUGAAGGAAUUAAAUUGUGCACAGAAUCUAUUGGAGAGCCAUGCCUGGAAAUGAUUCAACCAACAAGUAAUCGAUGCUUGUUAACAACUGUCCUAGAAAAUCGAACGAAAAAUGCUGAAAAUACACUUACGAACGUUAAUACAUCAUCUACUAUUGCCAAUGUUCUUGGCGACAAAAUAAUUUCAACAUCCAAUCAUAUUCUUCCAAAAAAGCACAAGAAGAAACUUAAAGAUUCUAAAUCUGUGCUUCUGAAUCACAUCGAGAAUAAUCUGCAGAGUAUCAAUAUUGAUGAAAGUAGAACCAAUUGUAAUAAGAACGAUGUUAACAACGGUGUAAAUGCUGCUACCAAUAAUAUCGCGAAAAUUGUAAGUCGAAAGAAUUCUCUUGAACAAAUUUCAAUGAUAAGAAAAAUUUCUACGGAGAAUCUGAAGCCAGAAUUGUUAAAUUGCAACGUUGUCAACUUAACCAUGCCUAAUUCAACGGAAGAUAAGGACAAAUCGAUCGGUCAAGAAGAAAAUCAGCAGUCCUUGCGUAAGUCUGAGAAGAAACAAAUCAGACAUGGCGAUAUUAAACCUGCAACAAAGAGGAAUAUUCGGUCGAGACACAAUUCACAGACAGAACUUACAAUUAACGAAGAAUGCAAUACAAAUCGUAAAACUGCAUCACAAAAUAUUAUAACCGAAGAUAUUAAUGAACAGGAUCACUCAAUUUCAUUUUAUCAGAAAACAUUGUAUUUCAAUGUGCCUCGAACUGAAAUACAAUCAGAUAAUCUCGGUAUUAAAAAAGAAUUCGAAACACCUAUCGUUGACAAUAAUAAUAUGGAUCUAGCAAUUUCUUCGAGAUCAAGUUCUUCCUAUUCUCAUUUACAAAAUGGCAAAAGACACGUUGACGAUGUUAUGUCACAAAGACACGUAGAACCUAUCGAGAUAAACAAUAUUUGCAACGAGAAGGAGGAUAUUAGAGUUCAGUCAACGAGAAGUAAUAUUUUCCUUGCCAACAGUGAAAUCGAGAGUAAUAGAAGUAAAAGAAGUGGAAGGAAGUCGAGUGUCUGUAGCUUCACGGCCGAAUGGCCCGAAAAAUCGAAUAUCAUUAGCGGAAGAAGAAGGGUCGAGAAGGAAGGGUUCGACGCGAAGACAGAAUACAAUGGAAAUAAUGACAGUUUCGAAGACUCCCUGCCUCUGACAGGUGAUCCUGAAAUCGACGAAGAAAUCAUUGCCUUUUACAAGGCGAAACGAUCUGGUGGCAUUUAUUAACAAGCUCCUCAUUCAAACAGUACU